AUGAGUUACGGAUACGGUGCACAAAAUCCCUACGACGCCCCUGAUCAGGGCUACGGUGGCAACAACGGUUAUGGCAAUGGAGGCGGCUACAACAGCCCACAAGCUCAGGGCUAUGGUGGUAGCGUUGAAAUGGAGCCCCUUGCUCAGAACGGCAGCUCUUUCGGCCAUGGCAACCCCAACGCUAUUCUUAACGAGUGCCGUGAUAUCGACCGCGGAAUCGACACCGUCGAGCAGAACCUCGAGCAGCUUCGUAUGAUCCAGCAGCGAACCCUCGACGAUGCCGACAGCUCAGGAUCCAGCGCCGCCAACCGUCAGCUCGACUCGCUUUCCGCUGACACCAUGUCGCUCUACCGUGAGCUCACCGAGCGAGUCCGCACCAUCAAGUCCAGCCCUGAGGCCAGCUCUGCCAAGAACAACCCUCAUGUCACCCGUAUUGAUCGCCGUCUCAAGGCCGCCAUUACCCAGUACCAGCAGGUUGAGUCCCAAUUCCGAAAGCGAACCCAGGACCAGAUGGCUCGUCAGUACCGUAUUGUUCGCCCCGAUGCUUCUGAGCAGGAGAUUCAGGCUGCUGUUGAGGACACAACCGGUGGUCAGGUUUUCAGCCAGGCUAUGAUGCAGAGUGACCGCCAGGGCCGCGCCCGCGCUGCCCUGAGCGCCGUUCAGGACCGUCACCAGGCUCUUCAGAAGAUUGAGCAGCAGAUGGUCGAGCUCGCACAGCUUUUCCAGGACAUGGACACUCUCGUUGUUCAGCAGGAGGCCGCUGUCACUCAGAUUGAGCAGAAGGGUGAGGAGGUUGUCGAGAACCUGGAUAAGGGUAACCAGGAGAUUGGUGUAGCUGUCAACACUGCCCGCAAGACACGCAAGAAGAAGUGGAUUUGCCUGGGUAUCUGUGUGGCCAUCAUCGUCGUCAUCGUCAUCAUCGUUCUCAUCUACAUCUUUGUUAUCAGACAGAACAACAACAACGGCGGCAACAACAACAACAACAACGCUAAACGAGCCAUUGAGGCCGCCUCAGACGCUAUCAUGCAUACAGCUGUCAUGCCUUCUCUAUCUCGCCGCGUUGCUGCCGACAGCGAAGCGGCUUCGCUCAUCAAGAGCGUCGCAGGAAGAAUUCACAUGCCUCAGCUACCGCGAAACUAA